GCUCGCCCCAUCAAACACACCAACUACAGCGGAAGCAACUCCCUGUGAGGCCCACUUACGCUUCAUCGUGCGUCACCGCUUCUUUACCUGUUUCGCUCAAAAGGAUAGUAAAGGGACAUUCGUGAGAGCUGCUUUUGUUUUCACGACACUCACCGUCUCCACGUCAACUCCGACUUGACGGUCGUGCUUUGUUGAUCUGCAUCUGUGUUUCAUAUCUGCUUUAAUAAGUAUCUCCUUUGUCAAGAACAAAAGAGACCCCCCCCACACACACCUUUUUUCUUCAAAAGAGGAAACUAAAUACUUCGCCAUAAGCUUCAAUACGGCUUUCCGGUUCGUUGUUCUUUUAAUAAGUGCGUGACGUAGUCAGCUUUUUCGAGUUCAUUUCUAACGUAUACACACCUUUUUCUUUUCAUUCGAAGAGGCACUACUUUUUCUUCUUUCCUAAAAGUUGUUUCUGGCACUGCCAUCUUUAUUAGUAGUAAUAUUUCUCUCUAAGAGAACACCCUGGUGACCUGGUAAAGAAAAAGAAAGACCUUUCUUGCUCUUGUACAUAUCCGUUGCUGACUUGCGUGGGUUGUGUGUGCGUGUGUGUGUGUGUGUGUGUCGGGGGGGGGGGGAUAGCCGCUGAUUGCUCCUGUGCUCUUACGUAAGCCCGUGCCGCAUCUACACAACAAACGGAAUCGCAGCCCACGCAAAAGAAAGUAUCACGACGGUCUCCUCCUGCAUUUUUUAUUCGGUGAUGUAUUGAAGGCUUGAUUCAUCGUUUAGCUCCUUUAUUGUUAUUAUUAUUAUUGCUUAAGAACACUCAUUUUAACUUUUAUUUCGUAGAAAGGAGGAAUGUUUGCGCAGUCCGAUCCUUCUGAACUCGUGCAUCGACGCGGCGAAGGCGCUGCAUCGUACCCCGCCACCACCUCUGGAUGGCCUAGCGCGUCUUCCACCGUAGCUGGCCGCAAGGCGUCUUCAGUACCUUCCCCUGCUCUCCAUGCACAUACCACCACGACCGCUGCUGAGACAAGCAGCAACACGCUGUCACAGCAGAGGCAUUCUGCAAGGGAGCCGUACGCCGAUGCAGAAAUCACCGCGAUAGCGUCGUCCGCGGCGGCGGUGCUCACCAAGGCCUUUUUGCACCCCCUGGACACGCUGAAGUGCCGCAUGCAGCUGCUGCGGACGGACGUGCCGCUGCCCAACAGGAAUUACCCCCUUCGACAGGGAUUUUUCCACACUCGCCUUCGCCAGCUACGAUAUCAGUUCGCCGGCCAGUGGGCGCCGAAGUACCUCUAUGGGGGACUGCCGGUGAAGCUCGUCUUUCUACGUUCCGUAUCAGGCCGUCUACCUCACCAGCUACAACUUUGCGCAGCGCACGCUGCAGAGUGACAGCGGGGAGAAGCUGAUGGAUGGCACGCAGCGCAGGCCCGCGUACGUUUGGCAAACGGUGCUCGCUGCCGUCUUCGCAGAGACCGCCACCUGCUGUCUGCGUGUGCCGAUGGAGACGAUGAAGAUGCGGGUGCAGUCGGCCGCCACCACCGGCUCCCUGCCGGCGAUGAUACAGAUGUGGCAGCACGGGCUGCGCUCGAACGUGCGCCUGCUCAUCCCGCACACCCUCAUUCACGAUAUUCCCUACUCCGUGAUUCAGUGGGUGGUGUAUGAGACACUACGACCGUGGACGCAGCAGUGGGGGGCGAAGCUGCACGCACCACCGUCGUCGUCGUCCGCCGACGGAGCGCUGACCUCCGCGAGCUUUUUUUCACGCUACGGUGCGGAGCUGGCGCGGACCUUCUUCUCUGGCGGCUUUAGCGGCCUCUUAGCCUCCACCAUCACGGUGCCACUGGAUAACAUCCGCACGCGCACGGUGGUGGCAACGGCCAGCGACCCCGCGUUGACGGUGCGGAAGGUGGUGCGAAUAGCGUACGAGCGCGAGGGGCUGCGUGCGUUUGUGCGUGGCGGCGGCAUGCGAGUGGUGUGGGUGACGAUGAACAUGGCGUGCUUCUACCCGCUGUUCGAAGGCAUUCGCUCUGUCUUGCAGUGCCGUGCGCAGGCAGCAAAGAACGGACCAUAA